AAGUGUUCACCAUUUGUGCAGCAAAAUCCGGUCGUGUUCCGAAAAAAUCUCCGGAAAAUAGUGAAAUAAUCGAACUUCCCUCGCAUCCAUCGUUAUGGGAUUAAGUCACAGUAUUUCGGUGCCCGGUGGCGGAACCGAGGGCUAUCACGUUUUAAGGGUUCAGGAUAAUUCGCCGGGGCAGAAGGCCGGUUUGGAAGCGUUCUUUGAUUUUAUACUGGCGAUCGGGAAUACCCGAUUGGAUCAGGACAAUGAUACCCUGAAGGAGCUGCUGAAGGCAAACAUUGACAAGGAGAUCCAGAUGACGAUAUUCAGCAGCAAGACUCAAAACAUACGGGUGGUCAAUAUUAUGCCAAGUACCAGCUGGGGUGGCCAAGGCUUGUUGGGUGUCAGUAUAAGGUUCUGUUCAUUUGAGGGUGCGAAUGAGAACGUUUGGCAUAUUCUGGAAGUACACCCGUCGUCGCCGGCCGAAGAAGCCGGAUUGAUUCCGUUUACGGAUUAUAUAAUUGGGGCGGAUUCGAUUUUGCAUGAGAGUGAAGAUCUGUUUACGCUGAUCGAGUCACAUGAAGGGCGUCCAUUGAAAAUGUACGUGUACAAUAUUGAUCGGGAUGCUUGCCGUGAGGUAACGAUAACGGCCAAUAGUAAAUGGGGUGGAGAAGGAAGUCUGGGUUGUGGAAUUGGCUACGGGUAUCUGCACCGAAUACCGAUUCGAAUGUUUCCCACCGAUGGCAAAACUCCACAAGCUACGCUACCGGUUGCCACGAGUCAAGCUAUGCAAUCUGUUCCGACUUCGGUUCCGACAGGAGAUUCUAAUGCCAACAAAUCUAUCCCGUUUAUUCCGAUGGUUCCUCCAUUGACCAAUACCUUUGUGUCCGCACCUUCCACGGCACAUUCGGACCUUCUAACAGUUUCCCAACCACCUUCGACCGAAACUUCCAGUCUAACGGAUCAGUUUUCGAAACUGUCCACCAGCACCACAACAGAUCAAGCAAACAACAACCAACACGUAACUUCGCCAGCUACUCCUGUCCUCAAUCAGACGGUAGCUUCACCGCCAAUUAUUACCGGCGAGUCUUUUUACACACCUCCAACGGCUGUAAUCCCGGUGUCAUCAUCGGCGCAUGACAUCAACGCUUCGCCAUCCCCGGGUACUGACGUGGCAGCAACGAUUCCCAUGUACAAUCCGGGAGCUCCUCCUAUGACAAAUUACUCGUAUCCAGCUGCGCCACCUUCAUCUCAUCCGCCGGUUGUAAAUCCGGGCGUGUUCGGUUCCGAUGUUCCCCCGCCCUCAUCGCUGGGUUCCGAUUUCUAUCAAAACUAUGGAAGCGUUGGAGCAGCUGCAACUCUAGCUAGUAGUUUCCAACCGGCCAGCCUUUCGUACCCGUCCAGUGUCGUCGAUUUUCAUCAGCAGCCUGGUCAACUUCCGGCAGCUGCCGCUCCCCAACAAAUGUACGCCGCUGGCCAGGCCCCAGCUCCGAUCCAGAUGUACUCUACCUUCCCACAACAACAACAACAAACGACGAUCCUGGACCCAAUGACUGCACCACCACCGGUGCCUAUGUUCCAAACUAGUGCAGUCACGACGCCCAUUUCUCUCCCCGGAAUGCCCCCGAUCACGGUUAGUGCUACCAUUCAGGCCGAAGCCCUGCAAGGACUUCAGUUCUCGACGGCCACCGGUGCCAGCUUACCGACCUCGGGACAGUAGGUUGAACGAGACAAAACAAUGGCUGCGGUUUGUAUAUAUUUAUAUCUGCAUGUUUGGAAGCGCUUGUGCAUCAUUCUAAAUGCAUCCCGGGGGACCGAUGAUAGGUAAGUCCGUUUUUCGCUCUUUUCAAAUUAGAUACGAGCUAUGAAAAAAAAGAUAAGGAAACAACAAUCGGUGCGCUUACUUUUGCGUUACACAAGUAAGAAGUUUUUUGCCUAAUUUAAUUAUGUUGAAGCAUUAUUUAAGACUAUUUUAUCUUUAAACUGUUAGCACGUACUAUCACGUACUAAUCAAACGAAAAAAAAUCAAAUCAGAUGAUUAUCUUUUCCGGAAACAUUUAUUUAACGUAUAAUUUAGUUAAAUUAAAAUCUAGUUUAAAUGAAUAAAAUGAAAAUUAUUCUAAUUUUUUGUUUCUGUUUUUGGUAACUAAACCAUUAGAAAAAUACAGAACCUAGAUUUAUAAACGACAAAGGCAUUUUGUGGAAUAUGUUGAUUUUUUUUGAGUAAACAAUUGAACAGUAUCGCAAUAAAAGUUAUCCUAUACA